AUGACUGUCGAAAUAACUUCAAGUCCUGAGAGUUAUGGGCGCCCCCUGUCCAAGAAAGAUGCUCAACUACAGACCAUUCAUGACGCAGGAGAGCAAGAGGAACAGGAGCAGGCGGAGGGUUCCUCGGGAAAAUACUCCAAGCUCUCAGUCUUGUUGAUGAUCAUCUUCUCCGGUUUGGCUAUUGGAUCGGAUGGAUUCAACGCUGCCAUUAUAGGCAAUAUCGAGCUUAUCAUGGCUGUGAUCUACCCCGAUUCGCUCACAACUGACGUGCAGUCUCGGCUGUCUACCGCCUUCAUGGUUGGUAUGAUAAUUGGCAUGCUCUCGUUUGGGUAUGUGUCGGACAGGCUUGGCCGCAAGACUGGAGCUGUUCUCACUACUACGAUUUUGGUUCUCGGCAUCGCGCUCAGUGCUGGGGCCAGUGGUGUGACGCAGAACGGCAUGUUCUGGAUGCUGAUAAUUGCUCGCGGUAUUGCGGGUGUCGGCGCUGGUGGAGAAUACCCCGUUGCAGGCGCAGGAGCAGCCGAAGCGACCGACGAACAAUCUGCUGUUCGUAAUAAGCGAGGGUUUAUCUUCGCCAUGAUUGCCGAUCUAUCUGCAUCACUCGGCUUUGCCUUCGGGGCGUUAGUCCCAUUGCUCCUGCUUCUGUGUUUUCAUCAGCGAGUGAGCAAUUACGACAAGGUCUGGCGCGUUGCAUUGGCCAUGGGUGCCAUCCCUCCGCUGUCAAUCUUCUGGUUUCGAUACCGCAUGGCUGUCAGCUCGGCCUACCGCAAGAGCUCCAUGAGGAAACAACGCAUACCAUAUUGGCUGGCGUUGAAGAAAUAUUGGCGACCGCUUCUCGGGGUCUGCGGCUCAUGGUUCAUCUACAACUACAUUUCCUACCCUUUUGGGCUUUUCUCGUCUGCGAUUGUCGGCCGCGUCAAUCCGAAUUCCUCUCUCGCUCUGACCAUGGCGUGGGGUACCUUGAUAAACUGCUUUUAUAUUCCGGGAGCCUUUAUUGGCGGUCUCCUCUCAGAUCGCAUUGGUCGACGACGUACGAUGGCCCUCGGGUUCUUCCUCCAAGCGAUACUGGGAUUUGUCCUCGGUGGAGCUCUGAAGCAUAUCGAGAAGCACCUGGCUCUCUUCAUCGUUCUUUACGGUGUUUUUCUCACUCUAGGAGAGAUCGGACCGGGUUCAACGAUCGUACUCACUGCUAGUGAAAGCUUUCCCACGGCACUGCGUGGCCACGGAGUGGGCUUGGCCGCCGCAUGGAGCAAGGCCGGCGCUGCGGUUGGCACGCAGGUCUUCAAGCCGAUUCUCGCUAGUUGGGGUGAGGAUGAAUUUCACGGUACGCAGGCGGUCUUCUUGAUCGGGUCGGGAUUCGCAGUGCUGGGAGGGUUGGUGGCAUGGUUCGUCCUCGUGGAUCCGGAUAAGGAACUAGACAACGGGGACCAGGAGUGGAAAGACUAUCUGGCCGUGAAAGGAUACCAUGUGCAAUGGGGAGUGGAGGGACAGAAUGAAGUCCCAGAGAACAAGGCCGUCUCUUAG